AUGAUUAGAUCUCUUUUGGAAAAUGGAAAACAAGAAUAUCCAUAUACUCUUGAUAUCAUUGGAGGCAAUGACAUAGAGAUCUACAAACUACUUUAUUUGCAUCGAAUAAGCGAGUUUAAAGCUGAAAUCUUAGAUGUUAUUUUAAGGGAUGUUAGUUUGCAUUUCAUAGAGUUCAUGUAUGAGAAUAGAUCUGACAAAUCAGUAGAUCCUUUUCAAUUCUAUCGAGGAGAUCUAUUCUCUUUUCUAAUUGAACAAGACUCUUUCAAUAAGUUACAAUUCUUCAUAAAAGUACGAGAGUCAGAAUGUCUUCGAAACAGAGCAAUCUCUUCACUCCAACAAUAUAGAAGAUGUAGAAUCUAUAUCCAAGAGUUAUCAAAAGAUUUCACAUUAGAUACCAUUGCUUUAAUGCUUAUAUUAAUACCACAAUAA